GCAACGAAACCAGCCAAAAGGUCGUCCUCGCUUUUAUCAAUCGUUUUAUCGUCCUGAUACCCGUUAUACUCACACAAAUUCGUCGUUUUUUUUCGUAUCUUUCAAUAAAAAUGACAAUAAAAGUCCUGAUGUUUGCCGGCGACUUCGUCGAGGACUACGAGGUCAUGGUGCCGUUCCAAGCCUUGGAAUCUCUUGGUGUUACGGUGGACGUCGUAUGUCCCGGAAAGAAGAAGGGUGAGUGCAUUGCCACUGCUAUUCAUGAUUUUACCGGUUGCCAAACUUAUGUGGAGCUCCGCGGCCACAAUUUCACCAUUACGAAAGAUUUUGACACCGUGAAUGUUGAGGAGUACCGAGGUCUUUACAUUACCGGUGGACGUGCUCCGGAGUACAUUCGCCUCAACCAAAAGAUUAUUGAGUGGACUCGCCACUUCUUCGACAAGAACCUCCCUGUUGCGGCGAUUUGCCACGGUAUUCAGGUACUGGUUGCUGCUAACGUUGUCAAGUCAAGGACUCUCACCUGCUACCCGGCUGUUUCACCUGACGUCACUGUCGGAGGUGGCGCGUACAAGGAAGUGCCGCCGAACGAGGCAGUGCUCGAUGGAAACCUUGUAACCUCUCCUGCGUGGCCCGGCCACCAAGCAAUUCUGCGUGAAUUCUACAAAAUGCUAGGCAUAAAAAUUACCAUUUGA